CUGAGGCGACUGCUGGAAGAGGGAAACUUGAUUUUUCUUCUGUAACUACUGUUUUCAUGUUUGAUUGUUUCUUUUUAAGGGGUAAAACUAAAAUAUCUAAUUGGAUUUAAAUGGGAAUUGCCUCAAACUGGAAGAUAUGGACGCUUGUCUUUUAGACAAAUGGACACAGCAAAACAACUUCUUCGUGAAAGAAUGGAAGCUGUCAGACAGACGAAUCGGCGGGAAUCAGCAGCAGGGCACUAAGGAAAAGUGUCAUAUGGGAACUGUCAAACUACUCCAGAUGAUACAAGGUGUUCCUGCUGACAUAGAGCUGAUUCAACUUGAGUUGACUGUUGCUUACAACACUCUUGUGUUCUCUUUCAAUUUGUCCACGUUGAGUGAUGUGCAAGAUAAUCUCACAAAUACUCUUCUCAGAGCUCAUGAAGCUGUUGGCUGUCAGACAUUUACCAGGGACCCUGUCAUGUUAUGGCAUGCCACAUUGAAAUCCUUCAGCGACACGGCUCAUCUGUCCUGCCUUCACAACUUGUUGUGUGUGCAGUGGGCUCUGUUGUUGGCCUCCUGUCAGAUGAAGAGCAUUCACCAAAUGCUGAGGGAUGUUACUCAGGAAGAAGUUACAGUUCCAUCACAGGAUCUUCGUGCAGUAAUACAAAAGCUCAGGCUGUCAGACAAGGAGAACUCCAACAUUCUAGUUGCUAUAACAGCCAGAGAAUUCAAAGACCUCCUGCAAAUCUGCACUGUCCUUGUUGAGGGUUUGGAAAGCCUGAAGCAAGAAAACUACUCUGCAGCUCUUGUGGCUUUUCUCGAAGCCAUGUCCUUGCCUGCCCCCAGGGCUCUUCUGGCCCAGGUCCAUACACUUACUGGAUUUGCCUUUGCCAAGCUGAACCAGCCUCAGAGCGCUCUACAGUCUUACAGAAAGGCUCUGGAGGUGGAUUUUGGCUGCCAUAGUGCACUUUACCAGAGUGCACUGGUGUAUAGGCAGUUAAAGAACACCCAGGCUGAAAUUGAGGCCCUGCGCUUGCUCCACUUGGCCCUGGUUCAGCAUGCAGAGGAACCAAUGGACAAUAAUGAGGUGAUGGUGAUCUCUCCAGAUGUGCUACUUAGCAGCACAUGUAUGGAUUCCGUUUUGGCAGUGCCCGCUACUCAGCUGAUCUUGCACUGUCUGGCAUACACAUGUGUUCUGCAUGACAGAAUCUCAGAGGCAGUUGAACUUUAUCUGGAUCUGAUGUCAUCACUGCAGUCAGAUAUCACACAGCCUGCAAGACAUAAUGUGCUUACAGAGGGUGAUGUGUCAUUUCUAAGAGUCGCUGUUGUAUACCUUGAGGCUGCAUUUACCUUGCUGAGAGCCAAAAGGAUGUGGGAUGCCAUUACAGUCUGUGAAGAUGUCAUCACUAAGACCAUGAAUCUGAUUCCGGAGAAAUUACUAUUCGAUCUAUCAGAGGAGCAUUUGCUUUUCUCCAUGGAGGGACGCUCAAAAUCCGUGAAGCAUGAGAGACUAGAGAAUGUGUUAUGGGCUGCAGCUGCCCACUACCUUCAGGGCCUGGCCUACUGUAAGAUGAAAGACACCAAAGAAUCAGUGUCCAGUUUCACAAGAUCCCUAAACUGGCUGGCCAAAGUGUCCCUUAAAAGUACAGUGGUUGGAAACCACGGAGACUGGGAGGUUAAGAUGAAGACUUUGCAGAGACUACGGGGCCUGGCUCUUGCUGGCAGAGGGGUCAGCUUUAUGGAGAGGGGCCAGUUAAAGGAAGCAUUACGGGACCUGAAGCUUAGCCUUCAGUCCAUAACAGAUUUACAGAUGAUAAAGUUUGGACUGGUGGAGGUGUACCGGAGGCUUGGGCGUCAGGAAGAAGCCAUAGCGUGUUGGAGAGAGCCACACAUAUCAGCUGAGGCAUUUUCCUCUGGAAACCUGCCUCUUUAUCUUCAAACAUUCCCUGAUAUCAGUUUAUGUUUUGACAUCAGUGACCUGAAUAAGAUGAUGGAAGAUGCUUUUCACAGGAGAGGAGUUUAAAAAAAAAAAAACAUUUCAGUAAAAAAGACCUCAGUAAUUUGUCUAAUGAAUGCAUUUCCUUUAUUUUUUAUUCUUAGCAUACUUGUAUUUAUAGCCUACUUAAUAAAUAAAAGUGAACUUUUAUGUAA